AUAAUUUUAUCGCAUAAAAGUUAAGCCAUAUGUCUAAAAGUAUCGUGGUGAAAAAAGUUUUCAAGAGAAAAAAGAUGGCGAGUGGCGGCGCUCCCGACUCUGGCGACCAGGACGCAACUAUGUCGGACAUUGGUGAGAAAGCUCCUCCACCGGGGGAUCCUCCAGACACGGGUGGAAGACGAGCGCCAGCACCGGAAAAUCGAAUGGUAUUCACGGCGAAGAAACAGGGCACAAAUUUGGAAAGGAAUCUGAAGGAUAUCUCGGGAAAUAACAAUAUUCAGAAUAUCCAACCGGUUAAGGUAACUAACCGAUUUGGGAGUUUGGAGGAUAAUUCAGUAUCCCGUGAGUCUAGGGAAGUUGUUAAUUCUGGUGGUGCAAAUAAGGAGAAUGAGAUUAUGAUAAAUCCGCAAGGGAGAGAGAAGAGUGCGGAUCAAGUUAAAGGCAAGGCUGUUGGUUCUUUUGAAAAAGGAAAGGGAGGGAAUAAUGAUGGGGCUAAGGAUAGACGACAAUGGGCUCAAAAGGUGGUGGACAUUAAUGGGCCCAAAACGAAAUAUCAUAAGCAAACCAGGCCUACGAGGGGGUUGAUUUUCGGCCCGACAAAAGGUGGUAAGGAUUUAUCGGAGCCAGCCCAUAUGGAAUUAUCGGAGUCAGGCAAAAGAUUGAGGAUGGAACAGGGGAGUGUGGGUCGACCUGGGGGAGUAUUUGUGAAGAAUAACGAGGGUAAUGUGGGAGGUGAAAGCUCCUCCACGAACGGACCGGUGGAGAUGGGAGGGGUACAGUCAAGCCCGGAGGAGGAAAUGAGGAAUGGAGAAAUAGUGUUGCACAGUGGGUCGCUCGGUGGAGGAGCGGUGUUACCAACUGCGUAAUGUUUUCCCCCGGUAUUUCUACGCCACGCAAUAAUAAGAAUGAUGAAUUGCU